CGCUCGGUACCUGUGCUGGGCCCGCGCGGAGGAUGCCCGAGGCGGCGCGCGCUGCCGCCGCAGGAAGCCUUGCAGGGUUUCCCCAGUAAAGAGCCAAGAUGUUUGAUAUCAAGGCGUGGGCUCAGUACGUGGUGGAGUGGGCGGCAAAGGACCCCUACGGCUUCCUCACCACGGUGAUCUUGGCCCUCACGCCGCUGUUCGUCAUCAGCGCCGCCCUGUCCUGGAAGCUCGCAAAGAUGAUUGAGGCCAAGGAGCGAGAGCAGAAGAAGAAACAGAAGCGCCAGGAAAAUAUUGCAAAAGCCAAACGAACAAAGAAGGAUUAAAAGGGCAAAAAUGCCUUCCUUGUGCGAAGAACCAACUUUUUUUUCCAAUGAAGCACUGCUGUACAAUACUUUUUCUGCUAUAACCUUCCUUUGAUACUUGAUCCUGUGAUUUCUUGAAGUAUGAAAUUUUAACUCCAGCUAUUAUUUCUGCUGAAAUGAUUUGUGUUGAAAUGACACUUGAUACAACCCUUUCUACUACUGCUCUAAUGCAGCUUGGUUUUUCUAGAUUUGCAUGUUAAAUACAAAACUUUAACUGCUGGUGGGGGUAGGAUUUAGAGGUAGAUAUUUUUCAUUAACUGAGCUAUGAUUUAAUAAUUAUCCUAAAUCUGUCAAUUAAAUUAUGGGGAAGAUGUGAACUGACUCCUUCAUGCUGUGAUCUCUGGUCCCUAGCAAAGCAAGCCACUCUGUUUCCACUGCUGCACCAACUUUCCACAGCACUUAGCCUAUGUGGUGCUUAAAGAUGGUUGUAGCUCAUGAUAAACUGGAUUUCAGAAAGGCAUGUUUUGGCCUACCUGUGGCAGAGCUGUACAGAGAAAACAGGUUUAGAGCUUUAUAGUUUUUACUGAUUUCCUUUAAGGAUGGUCCCAGAUGAAGAGCUAUUCACACAGGUUUGGUAAUGCUGAGUUGCACAGAGGCUGGUGUAGCUUAUUUCAUAGUGAGGCUUGCCUGCACCAAGAAACUUCUUUCUCCUUGGUUCCUGAGCUACUCACCAUCGCCAGAAUUUUUUCAGUUUCAGGCCCAACUCCAGGAAGCUGGUGGGUGGAGGGUGGUUGGAUGGUUGUUAUUUCUGACUGCUUAAAAGGUCUCAGACUGCCCCAGUUCUACAAAAUAACUUGCGUUUGUUUGUUUCGAGCUUUGCCUGAUUAUCACCUGAGCACUGUAGCUAUAACCGGUUUCUGCCUUCAGAAACUUCUUGUGUCUAAAAGCACAGCCAUAAAUGGGGCCAGACACAAGGCCCCACCUCACUUAGUAUCCUUGUUUCAGUGGCCUGUAGCACAUGGAUGCAGGAUAUGCAUCUGUGAUAAUUCUUCCUCCUUUCCAACCUUCCAGCUACUUGUGAGGUAGGACCUUCUCAGUUCAGGGUUUGUGGUGGGGAGGGGUUCCCCAGAGUUCCACAGCCUCUGGAACUCUGCUGCUUUCAAGGUUGCAAAGAGCUGGUAUUCUGAAAAAAUCCAAAUUUGGUUGGGUUAUAAAUACACCUUUUAACCUUAACUGAAUUUAACCUUAAUUUAAAUUCAUUUAAACAGAAAUGAUUAGCUUCUCAAAGCUUAAUUUUUAGACUAAAGAGACAGUCAUUAUGUUAUUAGACUCAAUAUGUGUCUAAACAGCAGCACAGUUAUGAUUCCUGGCAUCUCUUCCUUCAGUCAUUGUCUGGGUUUUUUCUGUGUUUGCUUUUUAGAUAAGUCAGAGAUAUUGUUCAAGUGGAUCUGGAGAGGUGAUUGAUAAUAGCAGGAUUAAAAGGAGCUUCACAGAAAUAAAAAAUAAAUGUGGAAUAUUCAUAUGCAGACA